CCAUCCAUAUUGGCCACUUAUCGCGGUCGCAGAGGCAGCAGCCCAAGCAGGGAGGCCCAGACUUCCCUCUCCCCAGCCACUUGGGCCAGCUCCUCCGGGGGAAUCCCAAGGCGUUCCCUGGCCAGGUGAGAGACAUAGUCCCUCCACCGUGUCCUGGGUCUACCUUUAGGUCUUCUCCAGUUUGGACGUGCUGGAAAACCUCACCAGGGAGGCGUCCUGACCAGAUGCCCGAGCCACCUCAACUGGCUCAUCUCAAUGCAGAGGAGCAGCGGGUCUACUCUCAGCCCCUCCCAAAUGACCGAACUUCUCACCCUAUCUCUAAGGGAGAGCCCAGCCACUCUUCGGAGAAAACUCAUUUCGGCCGCUUGUAUCCGCGAUCUCGUUCUUUCGGUCUCUACCCAAAGCUCAUGACCAUAGGUGAGGGUAGGAACGUAGAUCAACCGGUAAAUUGAGAGCUUCGCCUUCUGACUCAGCUCUCUCUUCACCACGACAGACCGGUACAACGCCCGCAUCCCUGCAGACGCAGCACCAGUGAUUUGGAGGAGCUGCUUCUCAUCCCAGCUGCUUCAUAGUUGGCUGCGAACCGCUCCGGCGAGAGCCGUUAAUCAUGAAAGAUUAAAGUCAGAUCAGCCAAGAACAUAUAUUUUUUUGUGGUUUUAUUCAGAUAAAGCAUCUCAGUGGUUGAGUGGUAUGAGUCUACCCUGAGACUGAGAGAUCAUGGGUCCAAAUCUACUGUUAGGUCAUACCAAAGACUCUUAAGAAUGGGACCCAAUGCCUCCCCACUUGAUGCUCAGCAUGAAGGGCUGAAGUUGGUGGGUUAAACCACCAAAUAGUCCCAGCGUGUAGCUGUGUCUGCAGCUCACGGCUACCCCAGGGGAUGGGUCAAACGCGGAGAAAUCAUUUCACCAGUGUGCGACGACUAAUGGGACUCUUAAAGGGACAGUGUGUAGUUUGUAUUGUCAAUCUCUGGAAAUAUCCAUUAAAUGUUGUUGAAAAUAAAUUAAAUGAUGCCCAGUUGCUGAAAAAUAUUGGCAGCUUCUUAAUAUAUAAGCAUAAAAAUCUGGUCUAAAAUACACGGGACCCGGUCUAAGUAUCUGGGCGAUGCCUUAUUAGACGUCAUGUUUCCUUCUACGGGAGCCCUUGAGGACAAAAUGCAUUUACUGACCUGUAACGAACGAUUACAAAACUUUCACCCUUCUUAAACAUUGUUUUACACAUUUACCUCUUCACCUGUUGCCAGUAAUGAAAGGGAGUCUAAUGUGCUUUUUAUUUUGCUGAAGUUUGCUCUGCCCUGGGCCUUUUGACCCUAAUGGGCAUCCGUUGGUAAGGUCUUACUCCAACAUCAAAAUACUGCUUGCUUGCAACAAUUUAGGUAUCUACUGCCCCCUAUCGCCAGGAAGAACACACAUUGUCACUUUGACAUUGUUUUCAUAGUUAGUUCAGAAAGAAACCAGCAGGUGGUGCUAAAGACUGUUUAACAUAACUGUACCAAAUACGUUCAUAGAUUAAAACUCCAAAUAAUGUUGAAUUAUGAAAGUUGUUGUGUGUAUCAUUGCAUUGUAGUCUUACCACAAAAACAAGAAAUUAUUCACGUCAAAUUUACAAACAGGAAGUUUAAAAAGCAGCUGAUAACUCGUCUGUUCAGGCCGCCUCGUGCACUGAUUCUUCAUCGCUCCUCCUCAUUCAGCUCUUUCUUCCAGUUCUGCCUAUCCCGGAUCCACCGAUCACCCUUUUCUUGUUCAUUGUCUUUUUUCCUUUCCUCGCAUUUUUUAAUCACAAUUUUUAACUUUUCCCUAUUUUAUUUUGUUUUUAAUUUAUUUAUUUAUUGUUCAUGUAAAGCGUCUUGUGAUUUUAUCUUGAGAGGUGCUAUACAAAAGCUAAUUUCUUCUUCAAAUAUGUUUAUAAAUGUAAUUAUUAGUUAUCAUUUACUAAAAUCUUUUUUAUUAAUCCCAAAAGUACUGGAUUGUUCUGAUCAAUGUUGAAUUCCUUCUAAAUGUGACUAAUAUAGUUAAACUUUAUUGUCCUUUUCUUCUUAUCUUUGACUCAAAUUGCACCUUUUCAAAAUAAAAGUUGCACUAAAUUAAGGCCCUGUCCACACGUAGCCGGGGAUCUGCCAAAACGUAGAUAUUUUUCUACGUUUUGGCCUGUCAUCCACACGAAAACGGAUCUUUUUAAAAACUCCGGCUAAAGUGAAGGUCUGCGUUUUCUCCGUUUUGGGUGUCUGCGUGUGGACAGACAAAACCGGAGUUUUAAGGUCCGCAACGUCACUUUCCGCGACAAAAAAUGCUGACAUCACGUGUGCGACCUGUGUUUACACUAGCCGACAGCAUGGAAGCCCUCAGAGCUGCGCUCUGUCAUUACCCGAUCCAUCAAUUGUCCAAGCGCUUUCUGCUUGUUUGUUUUUAAAAGUGGAAUUACUGCUCCUUGCGGAAGACCACAGACGAAGGACGAGGUUAAGAACGGGGGAAGUACUGCCGCCUACAGGUCUGGCAUGUCCUUAACAACGCAUUUAUCCGGGUACGUGUGGACAGAGUUUUUAUUUUUUAAAUGAGGUGGUGUGGAUGCAAGUUUCUGGAGGGGCGGAUAUUCGUUUUUAAAAAACCCGGCUACGUGUGGACUAGGCCUAAAAGUAAGCAACUCAAACUGACAUAAUUGACCUUUAUGCUUAAUCCACAUCUGAUCUAAUUAAAAAUAACGUUGAGUUUUUUCUGCAGAGAAGCACCAGCAGAUUGUGCAGAAUCUCACAUGUUUGACUGUUGUGAUGAAUUAUUUAUGAUCUGUCAAUCAACGAAUGUUCUCCUGUCAGAGCCUGCACCUUGAAGCUUGCACCUUCUUAAUUAUGAGUUACUGUUGCGACACCAGACAGGUGAUAUGUCAAAAUCUUGUCCCAAACACUUCGAGUCACAUCACGCAAUCGUUUUUAGAACAAAGCCAUCAGAACGCUGCAAGCAGACGUGGGCCAAAUAGUCGGUACCCUUCAGCUGAGGCAGGAGAAAGCCACACGGACAAGAGUCGGUCAGACUGAAGGUUGGACUUUUUAAAUUUGGGACAACAAACUAACGACUUUAGCCUAAAGCACGGUGACCUUAAGGAGCUGGUAAACCCAGGUGUGACCUAACCAGCAUCACAGGUGUCCUCAGUCUGAGACACAGCCGGUCUGCUUGUGUACAGGUUAAAGGUCACAGAGUGUGUACCGCACUGAACAUGGACCACACGGACACCGACGUCUCAGGAGGUUAAAAAGAAAAUUAUUAAUCAACACGUUCAAGUUAGAUACCACUUUCUCACUCACUCACUCUCUCUCUCUCUCACUCUCUCACUCACUCACUCGCUCACUCACUCUCUCUCUCACUCGCUCACUCACUCUCUCUCACUCACUCACUCACUCACUCACUCACUGGUUCUCUCACUCUUUCACUCUGUCUCUCACUCACUUUCUCUCUCACUCACUCACUUACUCACUCACUCACCAACUCACUCACUCACUCACUCAUUCACUCUCUCUCUCUCUCUCCCCCCCACUCACCAACUCACUCACUCUGUCUGAAUGUCUCUCCACUCACUCACUCACUCACUCACUCACUCACUCACUCACUCACUCACUCACUCACUCACUCACUCUGUCUCUCUCUCCCUCCCUUUAUGUUAAAUGUAACUCUAACAGAAAACAAAGCAGAAGUGACUAGUAGCUAGCUGCUAUGCUAACGUGCUAACCAUGGCGUAACAGAACAGGAAGUUUGUUUCUUUUAUCUCGCAGAACUGAACAAAGAUUGCCUUUGUUUAGUUGGCGAUAGAAGCUGAGCAGUUUAUCAUUGAAAACAGAACAACUUAUAACUUGUUUCUCCCUAAAACAAACAACAACAAACUCCAGAUGUCUUUAUUUACGUUUUUUGGCAGAAUUCUGUUUGAUUAUUUUUAUUUCUGACUGGUGAAAAGCUGAAAGUCUAAAUGAAAAAUCUUUGAUCUAAAAACACUUUUGACUGGAGUGUAAAAACCAGGCAGAAUUAUUCUACACCAAGCAGCACGUUUAAAUGCUGAAACACGGGAAUGAAAAUGAACUUUGUCUUCAAACUUCAUUUGCAGAUGGUUGAAUUAUUGUUUAAUUUGGCGUUCCUGUUUGUGCGCGUACUUCCUGUUUCAUCUCCAGGUUUCCUCCUGUUCCUGGUUCCUCAUCACUCCUUUGCUCAAACCUUUUCCCUGUUGGCUUCGUUCGUCUGACCUCUGCUCCCGCGAAGCUUUCUUCUUCCGGAAUUCUGAAUCAUCGUUCUUCGAUCUGAGGACCUUUGAAAUGCGAUGUUAAAUUAUUUAUGGAGAAGCUAAAUAAUAUUUCUUGUUUUUGAAUCUUCUAACUACUGACAUGGAUGUUUCAGCAGCGUUGGCACACACACACACACACACACACACACACACACACACACACACACACACACACACACACACACACACACACACACACACACACACACACACACACACACACACACACACUCUCCAAUCUGUUCUUGGUGGUGAAACUUAACCUUAAUGACAGUUUAAUGUCCGUCCAUCCUUCCGUUGUCUACUCGCUGGUCCAUACCGGCUCACGAGGGAGGGAGCUUAAUGUGUCAAAUGAUAUUUUCUGAAUACAACAACCCUGCUGAACCUGUGAUUUUCCUCAUUACCACUAAAACAUAAUAAAUGUGACAUAAAGGAGCACACGCUAUCAUUGUUUGCCUCUGAACUCAUAAUAAAAGGGGAUUUUUGAGGGUUUGCACCAGUUCAGCGAUGCUGCGUUUGGGUGUGUGAUCGUGAGUUCAGAUCAUCGAGUUUCUGGGAUUGUUGCCCGACCCUCGAGGCCAAACUGCUCUUCAGUCUGGACGGGAUCCAGCGGUGUUCUGGGAUUCCAGUGGGGUUCUUUCAGAAAUGUUUGACAAUGAAGGUCUUACCUGCUGCAGGCGGCUCUCUGAACACCCUCAUUGUGAAGAAACAGAUGUGUCCUGACCUGAUUGAGCGCUAACAGCUAGUGAGACGGACCAUACAUUUAUUUUUCAUCCAUCCAUCCAUGUUCAUCCACUUAACCGGGGUCUUGUCGUGGGGGCAGCAGCCUAAGCAGGGAAGCCCAGACUUCCCUCUACCCAGCCACUUGGGCCAGCUCCUCCGGGGGAAUCCCAAGGCGUUCCCUGGCCAGCUGAGAGACAUAGUCCCUCCACCAUGUCCUGGGUCUUCCUUUAGGUCCCCUCAGGUUGGACAUGCCCGGAAAACUUCACCAAGGAGGCGUUCAGGCCACCUCAACUGGCUCCUCUCGACAUGGAUGAGCAGCAGAUCUACUCCGAGCCCCUCCCGGAUGACCGAGCUUCUCAAGCUUUAUUUAUUUAGUCUGGCUUGCCAGGCUAGUUUUUUUGCUGCAGCUUGGAUCACAUUUCUUUAUUUUUAAGUAUUUUAGUUUUUUAAGAUUUUUUUCUUACUUUUGCAGUCAUCAUUAUUAUUAUUUAGUUUUUUUUUCAUUUAGGACAAACCAGAGCUGUGAUAUAAUGUAAAUUUACUACAUUUACAAUAAAAAUAUGAAGAUUAAGGUGAGAGUGGGACGUAAUAAGUUUUUACUGAAGCAUUUCCACUUUCUCUUCGGUUCAGUUUCCACACUCAACAAAAAUAUGAACGCAACACCUUUGUUUCUGCUCCGAUUUUUCAUGAGAUGGACUUAAAAAUCUAAAAUUCAUUCCAGAUACACAAUAUUACCAUUUCUCUCAAACAAUUAUCACAAAUCAGUCUAAAUGUGUGAUAGUGAGCACUUCUGCUUUGCUGAGAUAAUCCAUCCCACCUCACAGGUGUGCCACAUCAAGAUGCUGAUCCGACAUCAUGAGUAGUGCACAGGUGUACCUUAUACUGCCCACAAUAAAAGGCCAUCCUGGAAUGUGCAGUUUUGUCUCGCAGCAAAAUGCCACAGAUGCCACAAGCAUUGAGGGAGCGUGCAAUUGGCAUGCUGACAGCAGGAAUGUCAACCAGAUCUGUUGCUCGUGCAUUGAAUGUUCAUUUCUCCACCAUAAGCCGUCUCCAAAGGCAUUUCAGAGAAUAUGGCAGUACAUCCAACCGGCCUCACAACCGCAGACAACGUGUAACCACACCAGCCCAGGACCUCCACAUCCAGCAGGUUCACCUCCAAGAUCGUCUGAGACCAGCCACUCAGACAGCUGCUGAAACAAUUGGUUUGCAUAACCAAACAAUUUCUACACAAACUGUCAGAAACCGUCUCAGGGAAGCUCAACUGCAUGCUCGUCGUCCUCAUCGGGGUCUUGACCUGACUCCAGCUCGUCGCCGUAACAGACUUGAGUCUGGCACGUUGGAGAGGUGUUCUCUUCAUGGAUGAAUCUCGGUUUACAUUGUUCAGGGCAGAUGGCAGACAGCGUGUGUGGCGUCGUGUGGGUGAGCGCUUUGGAUUGAGUGGCCCAUGGUGGUGGUGGGGUUAUGGUAUGGGCAGGCAUCUGUUAUGGACGAAGAACACAGGUGCAUUUUAUUGAUGGCAUUUUGAAUGCACAGAGAUACCGUGAUGAGAUCCUGAGGCCCAUUGUUGUGCCGUACAUCCAUGAGCAUCACCUCAUGUUUCAGCAAGAUAAUGCACGGCCCCAUGUUGCAAGGAUCUGUACACAAUUCUUGGAAGCUGAAAAUGUCCCAGUUCUUGCAUGGCCAGCAUACUCACCGGACAUGUCACCCGUUGAGCAUGUUUGGGAUGUGCUUGACCGGCGUAUACGACAGCGUGUACCAGUUCCCACUCAUAUCCAACAACUUCACACAGCCGUUGAAGAGGAGUGGAACAACAUUCCACAGGCCACAAUUGACAAUCUGAUAAACUCUAUGCGAAGAAGAUGUGUUGCACUGCAUGUGGCAAAUGGUGGUCACACCAGAUACUGACCGCUUCUGAGUCCCCAGACCCCCAAUAAAGCAAAUAACUGCACAUUCCAGGGUGGCCUUUUAUUGUGGGCAGUCUAAGGUACACCUGUGCACUACUCAUGAUGUCAGAUCAGCAUCUUGAUGUGGCACACCUGUGUGGUGGGAUGGAUUAUCUCAGCAAAGCAGAAGUGCUCACUAUCACACAUUUAGACUGAUUUGUGAACAAUGUUUGAGAGAAAUGGUGAUAUUGUGUAUCUGGAAUGAAUUUUAGAUCUUUGUCAGUCUCAUGAAAAAUUGGAGCACAAACAAAACCCUACAAUCAGCUGAGCUGCAGCUAAAGAGCUGAUAAAUGUUCGUGUUUCGUCACACGGGUGCUUUUGAUAAAAGAUAGAAAAGUUCUGCUCUUAUCAGUGAGGAUGCAGGACAUGAAGGUGCUGUGGACUUUAGAUAAAGUUCAACCAAACAUGAAAAUAAAAUAGGCUUGAUUUAAAUAUCAGUUUUAAUGACAGAUGCGUGUUUGUUUUUAUUGGUUUAGUGUAAAACAAUCGUUUUCUUAAUUCGAUUUUAGGGGAAAGUAAAAAGUUAGUUGUGUGUCUGACUGGUGGACGGAAAUAAAUAUUUGUCUAAUCACUGAAUAACGUCAUGGUGUAAACACGUUUGUUUUGAAUUUCAAUCUCUUUAAAUAUGUCUUCAUGAUGAAAUGUGAUUUUAAAAGUAAAAAUAAAACUGCUGAGCUUGUCACAAUAAAGGCACAUUUGAUUCUAAAACCAGUAAACUUAUUUCAUUUUCAUUUUUACUUUAAAGCGUUAUUUCCUGUUUCACUAAAACAAGAACCCAGCGUCUUCAGCCUUAUGACCUGUUUGUCUGCGGAACCCAUCACGCACCCCCACCCCCUCCCAGGUGGGUGUUCCGGAGCAGCAGGUGGGAACCAGGCGUGGCUUUCUAACAAAUCCGUCUCUUAACUGAAAGUUUGAUGGUGAGCUGGUGAGUGUCAGGGACAACAUGUCCAGCAUGGCUGCUGCUGCUGCUGUUUUCUGUCUGUGUGUGGGUAUCACGCUCAUUACGCACAGCGCGGAGUCCCGCAUCCCCCUGACGCAGGUGGAUGCGGGACUCCGCGCUGUGGCGCAGCGGGCCAUGCUCUGUGUCGUUGUCGGAGUGUCCCUCCUGGUUGCGGGCUGGCUGUACCGGCUGCUCUUCUGCCCGCUGGAGCUCGUCAGACCGCUCCAUGAUGUGGGAUACGUGGCCGAGGACGGUCGCUCCAAAGCGCGGGCUGCGAACGAGAUGCGCCGGAGGAGGAGAGUCGGAGACGUCCCUCCGGUUUAUCCGAACGGCUGGUACCGGGUCCUGCACUCCCCCAUGCUGCACAGAGGAGAGGUCAAAAGUGUCUCCUUUCUAGCGUUGUAGGAAACUGCGUGGAAUGUCCGUUUCACGGAUGGCAGUUUCGGGGAGACGAUGGCAAAUGUGAGAAGAUCCCCUACGCAGACAAAGUGCCAGAAAUUGCGAAGGUGCGCCGCUGGCCCAGCUGUGAAGUCAACCAGCAGAUCCUGGUGUGGUUCCACUGUGAUGGAGCAGAACCACAGUGGAGUCCAGAGAAGCAGGAGAUCACCAACGGCCAGUGGGUCUACCGAGGGAGGAGCGAACACUUCAUCAGCGCUCACAUAGAAGACCUUUCAGAAAACGCAGCAGAUGCUUCUCACCUGGGUCACCUGCACGCCGCGGGCUUCACCAGCGGGGUCGACCCGCUCCACUACAACAGCCAGACCUGGGAUUGUGUGCAGCACAACUGGAAGAUUCAGUGGGAACCGGAGUCAGAACCCAACAGUCACUGCUCUAAGAUGCUGAUAAAUCACUCACUAACCGUGUUUGGACACCACUUCAGUCUUCUGGACAUGCAGGUUGUGGCCCGACAGGUGGGUCCAGGGCUGGUGUUCCUGCAGAUAGACGACCGUUUCUUCGGCCGAGGCGUGAUCCUGCAGUGUGUGACGCCGGUGGAGCCUCUGCUGCAGCGUGUCUCUCACACCGUUUACUAUCAGUCCAACGUUCCGGCACUGGUGCCCAAGUUCUUCCUGACAGUAGAGAGCAUUCAGUUUGAGCGUGACAUCAUGAUCUGGAACAACAAGAAGUACAUAUCGCAGCCUCUCCUGGUGAAGGAAGAUGCUGCGAUCCAGAAGCACCGGCGCUGGUACGGUCAGUUCUACAGCCAGAACAGCCCGAGGCUGCUGCUCCACCGGGACUCCAUGGACUUCUGACCUCCCUGAAACGCAGCAGCAGACGCUCCACGUCUCAGGGGGCGGGGCUGAUACUACAGUAGAUGUGGUUGGUUCAUCAGAAGAGGGUGUAGUUUUUAAUUCUAAUGUUUAUGUGAGUUAAAGUGUGGCCCUCCAGAGCCCUCCAGCAGAAAUUGUUCUGGGGACCCCGAUACUUAUAAGUCCAGAUUACAUUCAUUAUGUUUGAUCUUGUGCGUGUGUGUGUGU